UCGGAGACAAAGUCAUAAAACGUGCUGACGAUGAUAAGUUUUAUGCGAUCGAAGAAAUUUGCAAAGACUAUAGAUUUGAAUACCCACCUUCUAAACACGCAAAACACGAAGUAACAAGAAUCAAGAAUGGAACUUCAAUCAAUUGUAUGUGGUCAGCUGGGAAUACGUCACGAAUUAGAAAUAUUACCGAUUGUGAAUUGUUUACUACUAAUGGACUCAUGAAAGUUUUAUGGAAGGCCGGUAUUAAACUUGACCACGACAAUAAAGCACGUGCUGUAGUAAAAUUUGAAGUUCCUUGGGAUUGGGAACAUAAGCUUCCUGCACACUUUUUGCUUAGAAGCGCAGCGUCUACAGAUAUUGGACCACACUGUAAUGCUUACACCGAUAAAUUCUUAAUCUAUGAAUGA